AUGAUAUUAAAUACUCACCAAGAAAAGACGGUGCCAUUUUGCUCCUUUUUUGAUUUGCCUAGGGCAGCUAUCAUUAGAGAUACACCUUCUGUUAGAUUGAGAAAGGCGGCAAAAGAGGGUAAUAUAGCUGCUGUAAAGCGAUUAUUACGAAAAGUGUCAAACAUACAAAACCCUGAUCCAGAAACAGGAUGUACAACGCUCAUGUAUGCAACACAAUUUGGCCACGUUGACCUUGUUGAAUUACUCUUAGAGUUGGGUCAUGAAGAGGAAGUAAUAUCAGUCGACAAUGAAGGAAUUACUGUGCUUAUGAUUGCUGCCAUGUUUAACCAUGAAGAGGUAAUUCUCAAUUCAAAAAUGCAUACUACCAGCUCCUCACCGCAAUUACAGAUUUUUUUCUUGUACGUCAGUAAAUAUCCAGAAUGCAUUCAUGCUAUCAGUAAAAAUGGAUGGACAGCACUUUUGUAUGCGGCACAGAAUGGCAAUGCAAAUCUCGUUAGUUAUCUUUUAUCCAUUUCUGCUGAUUUUGAUCAUAUCGACAAUGUAGGCAAUUCAGCUCUUCAUUAUGCAUCGGCUUGGGGUCAUAUAACUGUCAUGGAUCUAUUAGUGUCGGAGGGCUGCAAUGUGGAUCUUGAAAACGACGAACAUGCAACAGCCUACGACUAUGCGUACAGCACAGCAGUACAGGAACAUUUGAAAGAGAUAUCGCAAAUACCAUUUAACGAUGAUUCGACAUUGAGUGUAUCAUCAUCACAACGUCAACAAAGUUUAAUCAAUGCACCCUACUCUUCAUCUUAUUCCAGUGGCAUUCAUUUAGGACCCACCUCCAUGGCUAUUUCUCGAGGACAAUCUUAUGCUGGUCAUGAGAGUCCAAUACCUCGAGCCUCCACCUCUUCCUCCUCCCUCGUUAUACCCUCAGUUACCACACCAGGAGGCGGUCCGUUGACAGCUUCAUCCAGUCCUCGGGGAUCACACUACCAGCAACCUCCUAUUGGAAGUCCCUCUUCAUUUAGCGAAUUGGAACGAAGAAGAGCGAGUAGUUUUGGGGAUGCGAAACAGAAGGGUUAUAGACCUUGA